AGCGGCGGCGGCGGCCGGGCGGGCGGCGGGGCCCGCGGCUGCGAGGCGGGCCGGGCCGGGCCGGGCCGGGCGGCGGCGCCAUGUGGAGCGGCCGCAGCUCCUUCACCAGCCUGGUGGUGGGCGUGUUCGUGGUGUACGUUCUGCACACCUGUUGGGUCAUGUACGGCAUCGUCUACACCCGCCCGUGCGCCGGCGACGGCAACUGCAUCCAGCCCUACCUGGCGCGGAGGCCCAAGCUGCAGCUCAGCGUGUACACCACUACGCGGUCCAGCCUGGGUGCCGAGAACCACGUGGAUCUGGUCUUGAACGUGGAGGACUUCGACGUGCAGUCCAAGUUUGAAAGGACGGUCAAUGUUUCUGUUCCGAAGAAAACCAGGAACAAUGGGACACUGUACGCCUACAUCUUUGUCCAUCACGCCGGCGUCCUGCCCUGGCAUGACGGGAAGCAGGUGCACCUGGUGAGCCCGCUGACCACCUACAUGGUCCCCAAGCCAGAAGAGGUGAACCUACUCACCGGGGAGUCUGCCACACAGCGGCAGGUGGAGGCUGAGAAGCGGCCGGCGGGCGCCCUGGACGAGCCCGUUUCCCACUGGAGACCGAGGCUGACCCUGAACGUGAUGGUGGACGACUUCAUCUUUGACGGGGCCUCCCUGCCCGCGGACGUGCAUCGCUACAUGAAGAUGGUCCAGCUGGGGAAGACGGUGCACUACCUGCCCAUCCUCUUCAUCGACCAGCUCAGCAGCCGCGUCAAGGACCUCAUGGUCAUCAACCGCUCCACCACCGAGCUGCCGCUCACCGUGUCCUACGACCGCAUCUCGCUGGGGCGGCUGCGCUUCUGGAUCCACAUGCAGGACGCCGUGUACUCGCUGCAGCAAUUCGGGUUUUCAGAGAAGGACGCGGACGAAGUGAAAGGGAUUUUCGUCGACACCAACCUGUAUUUCCUCGCGCUGACCUUCUUCGUGGCCGCGUUCCACCUGCUUUUUGACUUCCUGGCAUUUAAAAACGAUGUCAGUUUCUGGAAGAAAAAGAAGAGCAUGACGGGAACGUCCACCAAAGCAGUGCUCUGGCGCUGCUUCAGCACCGUGGUCAUCUUCCUGUUCCUGCUGGACGAGCAGACGAGCCUGCUGGUGCUGGUGCCCGCCGGCAUCGGAGCCGCCAUCGAGCUGUGGAAAGUGAAAAAGGCCUUGAAGAUGACCGUCGGCUGGAGAGGCCUGAGGCCCACGUUUCAGUUUGGUACUUACAGUGAAUCUGAAAGGAAGACAGAGGAGUACGACACUCAGGCCAUGAAGUACUUGUCUUACCUCCUGUACCCCCUGUGCAUCGGGGGUGCCGUCUAUUCUCUGCUGAACGUCAGGUAUAAGAGCUGGUACUCCUGGUUGAUUAACAGCUUCGUCAACGGGGUCUACGCCUUUGGCUUCCUCUUCAUGCUGCCGCAGCUCUUCGUCAACUACAAGAUGAAGUCGGUGGCGCACCUGCCCUGGAAGGCCUUCACCUACAAGGCUUUCAACACCUUCAUCGACGAUGUGUUCGCCUUCGUCAUCACCAUGCCCACCUCCCACCGGCUGGCCUGCUUCCGGGACGACGUGGUGUUUCUCGUGUACCUCUACCAGCGAUGGCUUUAUCCCGUGGAUAAGAGCAGAGUGAACGAGUUCGGGGAGUGCUAUGAGGAGAAUCCCCAGCGGAAACCCCACGCAGACUGAGCCCGAGCCCAGGGGCUCGCAGCCUGCAGCAGAGCCAGGGCGUCAGCUGCUGCGCGUUUGGAGGCUCUGGUGGACCUUCCUGACGUCACACCCUCUCUGUUGCCAAAACCCCUGAACGCUCCUCACGUCCCCGGUCCCUCCACGUUGUGUCCGAGAGGAGUUGGCGGCACUGAUGACACCGCCCACACGCAGACGUCUGUCCUGGUCGCCGUGGCCACAGGAGCGUCCGGUGCCGGCGGGGUGCUCCACCGCUGCCGUGUCUCCCCCCGCGGGAGUGCCAUCUUUCGGGGUCUGUAAGCACGUCUCGCGGGAAUAUCAAAUGCCUCUUUGAAUCCAUUCCGUGUAGACUCUGGGAUCAAAUGGUUUUUUUCCUUUUUGUUUAAAAUUUGACUAUUUUACAGCUUAAUGUAUGUAUGUUUCUAUUUUAAAAUAAAUCUCUCUGGCUGUGA